CUUGUUUUCAUAUCUUUCUUACUCAACUAUUUAAGCUAAACAUAGAACAGUUUUUCCACACUGCGGGGUAUAUAUAGAACACGCACCGUAAUUUAUUGUGAAUACAUUAUGCAUCUCUCCAUAUCCCUCAUUUUAUUCCAGAUCUCCCAUAUCUUCUACAUCUCAGGUAACUCGUACGGAACAGCUUUCAGCCUGGCUAUAUAACCCUGAUAGCACUGCUAGAUCUCUUAGAAACAAAAUACUCAAAAAAUCAUUAUCUCAUCCUUCAUUUUGUACGACCAUCAACGAUGCAAGCGACUGACGUUCGCGACGGUAUUUUUAUAACAGCCGUGGAAUUGAUAUCUUUCUCCUUAGCUAGGAAGUUUCUUCUGCGGUCCCUGCAGCCAUCCCUGAAGGAUGCAUCAGAAGAUAGAAAGUACAAUGAGGAUAUGGACGAUGAUGCGCCUCUAUUGCCCACUUUAAACGGUUCUUCUAGGCCAUCUAUCGCUAGCAUACAAGCCAAACUAUCACUCAGGAAUCUUAAAAGCUUGACGACAUUCACAACGUCCACCGCUUUAAACAUAUCUAGAUGGGCUUUUUCGAUGGUUUUCGCACAGGCUGCUAAAAUAAUCGUUAUCGCUAUGUUCAAUAUUGGAAACAUGCUGCAGACUCCCGCAGUCGAGAUAGCCUUCAAGAUCGCACUUGGUCUAUUAUUAGGAUUCGUAAUAUUCUUAAUACCCUACCUCCAAUGUUUUCUCUUCGUUAGAUUGAGGCAGGCGUCUACAGCCGCUAUUGAUACGAAUCCACCACUUUUGCGUACUAUCAAAAUAUCGCUUAUUCCUUUCGCAUGCUACCUUCUGCUCUUCUCGACGAUUCCACUUCCGCUCUCAAACGCGUCGUCCUUGCUCGGAAAAGCUCUCGUUCGUAGUGUUGGAAUGGGCGUUAUCAUCCUUGCAGUAUUGUCUGGUAUUGGUGUUGUCUCUACGACCUUCAUGUUCUUGCACGCUGUAUCUAAGCGUAAUUGGUUACCUGUAUCUGUCGAGGACAUAGAGACCUCUGAGAAGGCCCUCAAUCACGUACAGAAUCAAUUGGAUGAAGUUAAAGAGAAAGUCCAUAACGCGGAGAUUACAGCCCACGCCAAAAUGGCUGAAGAUGAGGGUAUGCCAUCUGUAAUACCAAAGUGGAUGACAUCCUGGACGCGCUCUCCAACAGUUCCUGGACCUCUGCGUAUGGAACUUAAUGGCUUGCAGUCCCUUGAAAGCCAGAUGGUAAUCGACCUCAACGAGUUGAAAUUCAAAUACGACAGACAAGAAUUCAGUAAGACAAUAAAAGGGAAGCUUUACGUCUUCCUCGGCCAUGCUUUUGCAGUUUAUUGUAUCGCCAGAGUCAUUGUAUCGCUCAUCAACCUCAUGUUCAGACGUAGCUCGACGGAGAGCUCCCCAGAUUACGUUUCGAAGAUACUCGGUGGCAUACUUGCACAUUUGUUCAACAACCCGGACUCGUCAGCUGUCUAUGCUAAGCAGAUUUCAGUAGUCUCAAUUGGUGCAAUUAUUAUUAGCAAUGUUAAGGCACUUCUCUUAGCUGUGAAUCGCAUAUUUAAGAAGAUAGCUGGUACAACAAACGUCGCAGGUAACUCUUCUACGAGGUCUAGUACUAGUUUCUUGAUCUUCUUGUUAUCACAACUCAUGGGAUCAUUCUUUCUCACUAUGUUGGUACAGCUGAACACAUCGUUGUCGGCUAACACCACUUUCACUCUCCUCAAUAGUUUACCAGCUGUAGACCUCUUUGGUACCGCCUUCGACGCACCUUUUGUUAUUUCAGUCGCGCUCACUACCAUAAUAAAGAAACUUUAGUCAUAAUUUUAUAAUUAUAUAGAACAUUAUAACAAUUGUAUUACUAUGGACGUUUUUGAUAAUUUU